ACCCUCAUCAAGCUUAUCACAUCCCUUGGUCACUCUUUCACCUUUGCUACCCUAAUCGAGCUUACAUCCCCACCGUCUCCAGCACCACCCUCGCUGCGCCGUUAGCCUCCGCUCCCUCUCCGCCUCGUCUCCUCGUCGCCGUUACCAGCAUCCUUACCGUCAGCGUCAGCGCCAAUGGCUUUCCCAGUCUCUUACUCGGUGUCAGAGCUUGGAGGCGGCAACUGGUUUCUGCGUCUCUUGCUCGGUGUCGAUGUCAGUCUUGCCCUUGUUGAAGGAAUAGUUGCUUCGUUGCGUUGUUUCAGGGACUUGUAUAACCUUGAGAAGUCAAAGCAGGUGAAUGCAUUUCGUUGUGGAGAGUAUGAUGAGUGCAUCGAGAAGGCGACGGCAUCUGCUGCUAAUUCGAAUAAGAAGGCGGUGAAGUAUGCUCACAGGGAGGAUGCUAUUAUUCAUGCUCUUGAGCUAGAAAGUGCUCGUGUUGGCAAGGAGCUGUUAGUUGUCUGCUCUAGAACUGGAAUUGAAGCUCGGGGAUUUAUAUUCGGUCCUCCCAUAGCAUUGGCAAUAGGAGCAAAGUUGGUACCAUUGAGGAAACUAAAGAAGUUACCUGGGAAAGUGAUAUCUCAAGAGUAUAUUCUGGAGUAUGGAAGGGACUGUCUUGAGAUGCAUGUUGGAGCAGUUGAAGCUGGUGAACACGCUAUAGUGGUUGAUGAUUUGAUUGCAACUGGUGGAACACUCUAUGCUGCUAUGGACUUACUCGCAAGUUGGGUGAUCACUCUUUUGUCUUGGAUCACUCAUUUGAUAUGGCAAUUCUUUGUUGGUAAGCUCCAGCAAUAAAGUUAUUGAUGUCAGAACGAGUCUCACCUUGUGUAUAAAGUUUCUCUUUGAGGAGGAUUUUGUUGUUAAGGCUAGAUCAUUGCAGGCACUAGGGUUUAUCUUAAUUGCCAGGCCUGAAUACAUGUUGGAAAAGGAUAUUGGAAAGAUACUGGAGGGAACAUUAUCUUCAAAUGCUGACACUUGUCUUAAGAUUCAAGUAUUGCAAAACAUGUUGGAGUAUCUCCUUGAUGCUGAAAGCAAAAUGGGAACAGAUGGACUUCAAAUGUCAUUUAUUUUCAUGCAAUCAAUUAGCACUGCUUCUGAAAAUGGCAAUCAGAAAAUCCCAUCUAAAAUCCCUGUAUCUGGAAAAGGGAAACCAAAAUUGUCUCACUAGCUCAAGCAAGACUUGGUGUUUCUAGAAUAUACAAGCUCAUCCGGGGGAACAGGAAUUCAAGGAAUAAAUUUAUGUCAUCAAUUGUGCGAAAAUUUGACAAUCCAAAGUGGAGCCAUUCAGUAAUAGCUUUCUUAUCGCAAGUAUUAUUUGUUGCUGUUCUUUCUUUGUAUGUAAGUUCUUAUUAACCUUUGACAAUCCAAAUUUGAUAUAUUAUGAGCAGUUCUAACUUGUAUUGUUUCUGUA